AUGAGCACAUCAAAUAAUUUCAAACGGAAAUCAUUCGCAGGUCAAAAUUCAGCAGCACCACCACCGAGUGGUACACAAAUCAAACGACCGAAACGAGCAAACGAUGAUGAUGAUGAUGACUUUGGGAACGAUGAUCCUGCUUUCGAUGAUGCUGAUCUAGAAAAUAAAGAAAACGCAAUUGAACUGGGACAUGGUCCAGCUUAUGAACCAACGAAUGUUAAAUGGUCACGACCAGAUAUUCCAUCGAUAGAUCCAUUGAAAGAGAAACUUGUAUUUCAACAAAUUGAUUUAGAUACUUACACGGAUACCGAUGGAACACCUAAUAUUCUCGAUAAAAGUCGACCUCAUGCUCACGGUCACAAUACAGUUAUACGUCUCUAUGGUGUUACUGAUGAGGGUCAUUCUAUAAUGGCACAUUUACAUGGUUAUAUUCCAUAUUUCUAUGCAUCAUUACCAUCAGAGACGUUUACAGCAGCUGAUUGUGAACGAUUUAAACAAAACUUUCAUGCAGCAUUACGUAGUGAAAUGCGUGGUAAAGAUACCAUCGCAUCCGAUAUCGUACUUAGUGUUGAACUAGAACACAAAUCAAGUAUAUACGGCUUUCAAGCGGAUUCAAAACGACAACAAGUACUUAAAAUAUGUGUCUUAUUACCAAGAUUCAUUGCAACAUCAAGACGUAUUCUUGAAGGCGGAUUUUCAUGGACGGGCAAUAAAACUCAAUUGGAUGGUUAUAAAACUUUCGAAACAAAUAUUGAUUUUGAAAUUCGUCUUAUGGCAGAUUUGAAUAUGGUCGGUUGUAAUUGGAUUGAAAUACCAGCUGGAAAAUAUUCUAUAAGAGAGAUGGUAACACGUGGUAUUACGCAUCAAUUAAAAAUACACUCGAGAUGCCAAAUGGAAGUCGAUGUAUGGGCACACGAUAUUAUUUCGUAUCCCACUGAAGGUGAUUGGCAACGUAUUGCUCCAUUACGUAUAAUGAGCUAUGAUAUUGAAUGUGCCGGACGAAAAGGUAUUUUCCCUGAGCCUGAGCAUGAUCCUGUUAUUCAAAUAGCUAGCAUGGUUAUUCGUCAAGGCGAUAAAGAAGAAUUUAUUAAGACUGUGUUUACAUUGGGUACAUGUGCAAAUAUUGCUGGUGUCGAAGUUAUUGAAUGUAGAACCGAACAUGAAUUACUUGAGAAAUGGUCCGAUUUCGUGCGUGAAGUUGAUCCGGAUAUUAUUACUGGAUAUAAUAUACAAAAUUUUGAUUUUUCUUAUCUACUUGCUCGUGCUAAAACUUUGAAUAUUCCAACAUUUCCCUAUUUGGGACGUUUAAAAGAUGUUAAAACAACAGCACGUGUAACAGUUCUUCAAUCGAAACAAUUAGGACGACGUGAAAAUAAACAAAUUAAUUUAGAAGGACGAAUUUUAUUUGAUCUUUUAUUGGUUCUACUUCGUGAAUAUAAACUUCGUUCAUAUACACUGAAUGCUGUUAGUUAUCAUUUUCUUCAACAACAAAAAGAAGACGUACAACAUUCAAUUAUAACUGACUUACAAAAUGGUAAUGCUCAAACCCGCCAUCGUCUUGCUGUAUAUUGUCUCAAAGAUGCUUAUUUACCGCUGCGUCUAUUAGAAAAACUAAUGUCAUUGAUUAACUAUAUGGAAAUGGCUCGUGUUACUGGUGUGCCCAUGAAUUAUUUACUUCAACGUGGUCAACAAAUAAAAGUUAUUUCACAAAUUUUACGAAAAUGUAAAGAAAAAAAUCUACUCAUACCAGCAAUGAAAAUCAAUGAAACAGGUGAUGACUUUAUCGGUGCUACAGUUAUUGAGCCGAUACGUGGCUAUUAUGAUACACCAAUAACAACACUGGAUUUUUCAUCUCUGUAUCCAUCGAUUAUGCAGGCACAUAAUUUGUGCUAUUCAACAUUGAUUACUGAUGGAAGAAUGAAACAGAAUCUAGCUGAAGAUGAAUAUAUUACAACACCAACUGGUAAUUGUUUCGUAACAGCUAAAGUUCGUCGUGGAUUAUUACCGGAAAUUCUUGAAAAUUUAUUGAGUGCUCGUAAACGAGCCAAACAAAUGAUGAAAGAAGAAACUGAUGAAUUUCGUAAAAAAGUUCUUGAUGGUCGCCAAAAUGCUUUGAAAAUAUCUGCAAAUUCAGUAUACGGUUUUACUGGUGCACAAGUGGGUAAAUUGCCGUGUCUUGAAAUAUCUCAAUCAGUAACAUCAUUUGGUCGUGAAAUGAUCGAGAAAACGAAAGCUUUAGUUGAAAGUGAAUUUACGAUGAGUAAAGGCUUUGAACAUGAUGCAAAAGUUAUAUAUGGUGAUACAGAUUCAGUUAUGAUUAAAUUCGGAGUUAAAACAUUAGAAGAAGCCAUGAAACUUGGUCGUUUAGCAGCAACAACUGUUUCGUCGAGUUUUCCGUCACCUAUUAAACUUGAAUUUGAAAAAUGCUACUAUCCAUAUUUAUUGAUUAAUAAAAAACGUUAUGCUGGCCUUUACUUUACACGUCCAGAUAAGCAUGAUAAAAUGGAUUGUAAAGGUAUUGAAACUGUACGACGUGACAAUUGUGAACUUGUUUCUAAUUUAAUCAGUACAUGUUUAAUAAAAUUACUCAUUGAAAGAGAUCCAAAUGGUGCUGUUGAAUAUGUUAAAAAUGUUAUUUCGGAUUUAUUAUGCAAUCGUAUUGAUAUAUCACAAUUAGUUAUUAGUAAAGAAUUAACAAAAACCGACAGCGAAUAUUCUAAUAAACAACCGCAUGCUGAAUUAGCACAUAAAAUGCGUAAACGUGAUCCUGGUAGUGCGCCUAAUCUAGGUGAUCGAGUUCCUUAUGUCAUUAUACCAGGAACAAAAAAUCAACCGGCUUAUGAGCGAGCAGAAGAUCCUGUCUAUGUAUUAGAUAAUAAUGUUCCAAUUGAUACAAAAUACUAUCUUGAACAACAAAUAUCAAAACCAUUACUACGUAUAUUUGAACCGAUUUUGGGUGAUGCGAAAGCGGAAUCCAUACUUUUACAUGGUGAACAUACAACAGUAAAAACAGUGGUUACAUCGAAAGUUGGAGGUUUAGCAAGUUUUAUUACAAAAAAAGAUAAAUGUAUUGGAUGUAAAACUGUAUUACAGGAGCAAGGUACUGCUCUAUGUUCAUAUUGUAAAGAAAAAGAAGGUGAUUAUUAUCAAAAAGAAAUUGAAUCACUACAAGAAUUAGAAGAAAAAUUUACUCGUCUAUGGACAGAAUGUCAACGGUGUCAAGGUGCUCGACUUGAAGAUGUUCUUUGCACAAAUCGUGAUUGUUCAAUAUUUUAUAUGCGUCGUAAAGUUCAAAAAGAUCUCGGUGAUCAAAAUCGUCUAAUUUCACGUUUCAAUGUCGAUCCUCUCAAUUGGUAA